AUGAUUGAAAUUGGUGCACCUAUUGAACCAUGCCAAACAAUUUGUGGAAUAUGCUUAGAGGCAAAUAUUGGGCAUUACUUGUUGAACUCAAGAAAUGCCCUGCGUUCACUUGAAGUUACUGGAAGAACUGCUAUCCUUGUUGUUGAAGGAUCUCACGUCACCAUUACUAAAGAAACGAAACUUCGAGUCUCAAAUUUUGUCCAUGUUGUUGAUGGAUGGGGCUCCCAAAAUUUGUCUCCACCAAACCUCUAUCCUGGAAAAGUGACGAUGAUGGCACUAGGCCCACUUACAAUUAUUGCAUUAGCACUCCAACAAGAUCCUGCAUUUUCUAAGAACAUUGGGCAUGUUGUUAUUCUUGGUGGUGCUUUUGGAGUAAAUGGGCUUGUGAAUUCAGUUGCAAAAACUAAUGUUCUUGGUGAUCCAGACUACAGCAAGUCCUAUGAGGCAUUCUUUAAGAACCUCAAACUCGGUAUCCAUGAGGAUUUUUAA